UCUACUUUUCUGAUUAGAAAGAUAAUUUUUGAAUUUUUCAAUCUUUUUCUUAUUCAACUAUGAUCUGUACAGCAGCUCAUUCUUUCUUCUCUUUUUACUCUUGAGUCUUUUUUACAUCUCUAAGCUUCUUUUCAAUCUGCUGUUGAGUAGCUCUUGCAGUCUUAUUCAUAUUUUUUUGCUGCUUUGCUGUCUGAUGAGCUGUCUUCUGCUUCAUUCACCAUGACAAAUCUAUCAAACUGCUUUGAUUCCUCAGAGCAGGUGCAGAGUCAUGUGUUUAUCACAUUGAAUGUCCAUGAUGGCAAGUCAUAUGCUUUAAAGCUGGCUAGGCACUGGCCAUAUGAGAAUACAGAUUUCUCCCUCAUGAAGAUCAAACAACAUGAGAAGAUACUGAGGGCUCCUUGCGUUCGUGAAGCCCGCUUUUGCCCGUCUCGACAGUGUUGGCGAGAAUGGUACAUGGGGCAGGAAAAUGCCAUGGGUGGAUCAAGCUUAAUGAUAGUCAAUUUAAAGAGUUGGGCAACAAGCAUCACAUAUUUUGUCGAUGGGCUAUCAUCAAAGACAUGA